CCUCUCAUCAUCGUCAUCGUCAUUCGCCAAUUACCACCAAGUCGAUCUCCCGUCAAAACCCUGAAGCGAUCUCCACUUCCUCCACUGGUUCAAGCGAAGCAUGAGACCGAUCGAAGCUUUACAUCCGACGGCGAGCGACGGCGAGUUCAGGCUGGUGUCUCCGCCGAUCGACUGGGAGGGGAAGCUGCCGAGGAAGUUCACCGACGAGGGCCAAGGCGCUCUCAAGAACGUGUCGCCGCCGCUCGAAUGGUACAACGUACCGGAGGGGACGGAAAGCCUGGCCCUUGUGGUGCAGGACAUCGACGUGCCCGACCCGAGCAGCCCGAUCGUGCCGUGGACUUGCUGGGUGGUGGCCAACAUCCCGCCGCACCUGAAGGGCCUUCCGGAGGGCUUCUCGGGCAAGGGGGAGGAGCUGGGCGGCGACUACGCCAAGAUCCAAGAAGGCCACAACGACCACAAGGUGCCCGGGUGGCACGGGCCGAAGCUGCCGUCCCACGGCCACCGCUUCGAGUUCAAGCUCUACGCCUUGGAUGAGAAGCUGAACGUAGGCCACAAGGUGACCAAAGAGAAGCUGCUGGAGGCGAUGGAAGGGCAUGUUCUUAGAGAGGCCGUGCUGAUUGCUAAGUUCUGAGGUUUCGAAAAUUUCUGAGGUUGAAUGUGAGACUCUGGUUAUGUACUCCCAGCAAAUUUGAAAAGCGAUGUAAAGGGUAAUAAUGUAAUUUUGCUCAAGGGGGUAAUUGAGAAUAUUUAU